AUGGAUAAUAAGGAGUCUGUCCACAAGUCCGACAUCGAAGAGGGCCAUAGUGCCUACCGCCCCGGGGGAUUUCAUCCCGUUUACGUCGAUGACAUAUUCAAUGACCACUAUGUUGUCUGUAACAAGCUCGGGUAUGGUGUCUAUUCCACAGUUUGGUUGGUGCGGGACACCAACCGCGAACGCGGCCACGAACACCAGUAUGUUGCCCUCAAAGUGUUGAGCGCCGAGUGCUAUUAUACGGAUAAGGAUAUAUAUGAGCGAGAAAUCCUGAGACACCUUCGCGAAGGCAAGCCCACUAUGGCGGGCUACCCAUUCAUCUGCCAUCUACUAGAUGACUUCGAAAUUGCCGGCCCGAACGGAAAGCACGUGUGUCUUAUAUUUCCUCUAAUGGCCGAGACAUUACGCAGCUUUGGAGCAUGGUUUAAACGAUGUCUCGUGCCAUAUUUUACUAUGCGACGGUUUACAAUUGAAAUCGCUCUUGCGCUUGAUUAUGCACAUGACCGGGGCGUUAUACACACAGAUAUUCAACCGAACAACAUUUUUGUCCAAAUUCGCGAUCGUAGUCUGCUGGAACGCUACUUGCAAGAGCAAAAGCCACCACAACAAGACCGGGAAGUCCCUUACAUGCCUUUACCCUCGCGCUCGCUGCGACGCUACUAUUUUCACAUGAAGGACAGUAUCGACGGCUUCAGUGUAGUUCUAGGAGAUUGGGGUGUAGCAAGCUGGAAGAACAAGCAUUUGUCUGAGAACAUUCAGCCUGUGGCACUUCGAGCCCCAGAGGUGCUUCUCAAAGCUCCCUGGGACGAGGCAGCUGACUGGUGGAAUCUAGGUGCCGUCGUUUUGGAAGUCUAUCGCGCCAUUCGCAUGUUUUCCGGAAUGGUCAGAAAACCUGGAGAGAUGUCGAGUCAGUAUGAUGUCCGGAUGCACCUUGCGGAGAUGGUUGGCUUUUUUGGACCGUUUCCGAAGACGCUCCUCAAUAAAGGAGAUCCAGACUACGUGAAAGAUGUCUUCGGCGACGACGGAACAGUAACUGCGUUCCCACCAGGGUUUAUUCAUCAAGACUUGGCCUCGGAGGAGAUGUUAGAGGGGCUGACCAAGGAGGAGCGUGAGGAAUUUGCGUCAUUUCUACGAUACGUAAUGAAAAUAGACCCUAGCGAGAGGCCAGAUGCCAAGGGAAUUCUAAUGCACCCCUGGCUAGACGCAUUACAAGAAUAA